UGCCGGUCACAGGGAGCCUCUAACAUGGAGUAUAAAACUGCCAGUAGAUUAAAUGGACUUUGCUGGAAUAACUUGGACGCAAGUAGCAAGCAGCUGGAUGUUUUUAACAGUAACGUGUGCACACCUACAGCCUUCUAUGAUCCAUACGAAAUACAGAACAUUGAGACUUCAGCAGCGAAUCCAACUUAUGAAUCUUCAGCCCCUACAACUUCUUCAGAUUAUUCUACAAAUUCAUCCAAUGCUUCACUUUUCAACACACCGUGGUCUACCCAUGGAGAUGAAGUAAAACAAACUAGUAGCUUGCAGAUCAAGAACAAGAUUCAAGAUGAAAGGAACGAGUAUGACAGUGAGAUGGAUUUAUAUGGACUUGUAUCCAAUAUUCUGGAAGAGCCAGAAAAAACACAUCCAUAUUUAAAUGAAGGAGUUUCACCUUCGAUUGUGAAAUCAGUGUGGUCUUUGAAUGGAAACAGGCUAUGUGAGCAUCAAGAUUUCCAGCCAGACCUUAAAAAACCUGCAGACAUGACUGUUCUGCCAAAUAAUUUUUAUGAGAACAUAUCAAGCACGGAGACACAGAAAAUGGAGGAGUUCUAUGAUGGACUGAGCGUUUUAGUGCAAGAUGAUCAAUGGCUAUACUCUUGCAUAACUAAUAAUGCAAGCUCCUGCAAUGAUAAGUCUGAACUGGCUUUCCAUGAAUACCCAUUUGACAAGAAUGGCUCGAGAUUUUCAGCAGCUCUUCCUGAAGCUAGUAAGGACAAUUCACAAAAGAGAGCAGACCUUUCUCAGUUUGAUAGAUACAGCACUGACACAGAUCUUGGCCAGUAUGACUUUUUAAACUCUAAUAAAACAAAACAAGGUAAAUUUUCCACAUUGAACCUUCAAGAUUACAAAAAGGCAGCAAAUGGCAACAUGCUGCCAGGUUUGGAUACCAACAGCUACUCUAAGUUAUUUCAAGUGGCAGCAAGCUGCCCAAAACAAGAUAGUAUCAUGCCAGAGCAACAGAAUUACAAAUUUCAAAAGGCUAUGUUGUUAGACAGAGCUUGCCAAAAGGAUUCUUCAUUCACAUCUGACUUCAGCACCAAAUCAGACUAUGGACUGAAAGCAUCCACUAUGUUGGAAGGGAACAUUGGACUUGCUGGUAGCCAACAUACACUGCACCAACAAGAUUCACAAAAUUCAGAUUACAAACCGUUUUACUUUGUCUCAUCUGUGCCAGGUGCUAAUUCGGUCAGAUCCCCCUGGAUAAAUGGUCUCACCGAGAAUAAUUCUUCUUUUACAUAUUAUGGUAAUAGUACAGUCAUGGCAUCAAGUGGUAAUUUAUCCGCAUCAAACAAAAACUCUUGUCAGAAUUCUAAUUAUUCUAUAGGUCCCUCGUCACUAGCAUCUGCAGAUACUUCUUUCCAGAAGUACUGUCAUGGUAAUACAGCGUUUCCUGUCUUUGAAUAUAGUUUCAAUGGUAAAGAGAAUAUGCAAAGGGGACCAUGCAAGAAUGUUGAUGAUCGACUUUUUAACGCCAUGGCAGAAAGAAAAUUCAGUGCAUUUUGUGAAAAUAUGCCAAGUUACUAUAAAUCAUUAGACAGCACUGGAAAACAAAACAUGCAGUAUAGUACUGAGAAGAAUUUAGAGAGUGUAUGUAAAAAUGAUAUAAAUUUGAUUGAGAAUACAGUUAACAAUAAAUGUCAUACACAACAAAGUGGUGAUGGUAUUCUGAACAGUAGCCGACUUCCCUGCUCAAAGACUGGAUGCUUUUCAAACACACUUAUGAUGGGGGAAAUGCAGCCUAACAAAUGCAACCAGGUGUCUUCUGCCAAUUACAAGUCCCAUUUUUCACAUAACCUCGGGCACCCUGUCUUCCCCAUCGUGGAUUGUCAUGAAACAUAUACUCAUGAAGAUCUUGGCCAAAUGUAUCCCCAUGUCGCUGAUUUGAUUCAUGGAGAAUCCACCUUUAGUAGCAUAACACCAGUACUCAGCCAGAGGCCGAUUAAAUCUAGAAGCAUGCCUGAAAGUGAAAUCCACAUUUGGCUGGAGAAUUGUUAUGAGCAGUUGAGAGCAAUGGAAAAAGAAAGGAAAAAGACGGAAUCGAUUCUUGUAAAGCAUUAUCCAGGGAAGAAAGUGUCCAGCUCAAACAACAUUCCCAUCCCAAGACUCAGCACUAACCCUUCCAGAGUCGAUCGUUUGAUUGUGGACCAGUUGCGUGAACAAGCCAGGGUUGCAACACUGUUUGGUAAAAUGGAGCGCUUCCACAGCUCCCCUCUUAGUGCGUACAUUUCCACAACCCUGGACCACCACCUGGAGACAAUUCACAUUGUGCAAGCACAUCGCAAAGACGAGAUCACCAAUGCAUCAAACCGCCAGAGACCAGGAGCAUCUCGUCACCAAGAUGACAGAGGUAUCUUCGUGCUUGCUUCCUCCAUCAAAGAGUUGUCCAGGGCUACUUGCAAUACACGAACAGCACUGUGUUGUGCACUGCAAAUGACUCUACUCAAGACACAACACAAGGAUAACACCAGGGAUCUGGAGAAGGUAGAUCAGAACAAUGUGAAAGCUUAACUUAAAAUCUAACUGCAGUUUGUAGACACUACUAAUGUACCGGACUGAAAACUGCACUUGUUUUAUUGAGAUAGACAAGUGUAUAUUUUAGCAUAUAUUUGUAUUUUUAAUAUUUGAUUUUCUGUUUCCCAGUAUGACUCAAGUAUCUUUCCUAAUGAUCUGCAUUACAACUUACCUAAUCAACAUGCAAAUUGCCCCAAAUAAUUAGUUUAAUUUAAUGAAUUGAACUACUGGUAUCCAGAUCAAAUUAUUCCCCUGAUGCUUAUAGAUGUAGAACUGUAAUAAUGCUAAUCUCUUAAACAGAUUUGACUCCUUAUAGAUAAAUCUAUACCUACCUGAUGGGAAUCUUGUCAUCCACGUGUCUUGUGGAAGAAAGCUUCACUUUAAAUACUUGCUGAGAUAUGAUUAAUAGCAGCUCAUCCCUUCUCUAUUUAAAAUGGAUCACACAGAUGAUGAAUGUACAUUUUUUGUUUGAUUGUUUAUUUUGUUUGUUUUGUUGAACCCUAAUGGUUGAUUUCACAAAGGCCAUCAGUGAUUGCAGAAUUGGGCCUCUAUUUAUUAAUCGUAACUUGUAAUCUCACAUACAAAAUAAUUUAAAGCAUUGACGUAUUUAUUGUACUUAAUAUUUGCAGAACAUAAUUUGAAUCUCCAGAGCUGUGAAUGAAGAAUAUGUGUGUGUGUAUAUAUUGUUUAUUCACAAAACACUGAAAUGAAGUGAAUAGAAAACUGAAUUGCAAAAUGUAGGCAAAAGAAGCACAGUUGGAAAAAUCUCAAACACCACUGUAGCAUUUGGCUAAAUAUUGCAAUUUCAUUUUUAAACAACAAUUU